AUGCGUAAGGAUACUACUGUAUGUAUAUCAAAAUGGGAAGAGGACGAUCGUGUCACCCAGUUUAUUUUCAAACCAUCUACCACGAGUACGCUAGCGUCCCUCAAAGCGAGACCGUCGAGGAAACAACUUGAAGCUACAGCCAACGAGGAUACCAACGAGGAUGCCAAUGAGGAUACCAACGAGGAUGCCAAUGAGGAUACCAACGAGGAUGCCAAUGAGGAUACCAACGAGGAUGCCAAUGAGGAUACCAACGAGGAUGCCAAUGAGGAUACCAACGAGGAUGCCAACGAGGAUGAGCUCAAUAUGACUCUUUGCGUUGGGGUUUUUGAUUGA